AUGACACCCAGAGAGCCCUUGAGCACGCUGGCACCCACGAGUGCCUUCACAGACACGCCGCAGAGCAGUGCCUCUGCCACCAACGACUACAACAACACCAUCUUCAACAACAUGGGCUGGGAGGGCUGCUCCUUCCUGGUGUCUCGCACAGCCACUGCGGGUGUGCAUGCGGUGGAGUUCAAAGGGCGUUUGUUCUGUGUGGGAGAUUUCUGUGGCACGGACAACGAGCCACUUAACAACACUUGA